CCGGUACAGGUCUAAGUCAGACCGACGUGUGAUAGGAAGUCAUAGAUCAGGGAACCAUUCCUUACCUGGGAUUGUGCCCUGAACAUCAGCAGUAGAUCCAUGCGCUCAUCAGCAGAUAACUUGGACCUGCCACAGGGUACUCGGGCCAGCUCUUCUCGACACUUCAUGGUUUUGUUUUUGCAGAACAGAUCCACCACCAGGUUUUCAUCGCGGCCGCUGACGGCGCACUCGUAAAAGGUCCCGUUGAGCAGAGCCACGGAGAGCCACAUCAAAGGAGCCACGCAAGCCCCCGUGAAGAUGCUCGUGAACACUCUGAAGCACCCAAAGCAGUUUCCACGCGGGCAGAGCUUCAUGGGAUUGAGGCAGCACCCCGUGUAAAGCCUCCACAGCCUGGUGUUGAAGAACAGACCCAAGACCAGCAGCACAACGGCGGGGCCGAGCAGGAACGUGAGCCCGUAGGCAAAAUUCUGGUCGUGGUUGCAGGGGCAUUGAAAGGAGACCAUGGAGAAGAUCCGCUCCCCGCCUAUUGUCAGGAGAGCCAUAAAACUGUAGCCAAUGGUGGCUUUCUGGUUCAUGAGGAAACGCAGGACAGUUUGGAAUUUAUCCAUUGUGGGAUUUUGGUACAGUCCACAAGUAAGAAGUCAGAAAAGAAAUGGCAGCAGAAAGAAAAGUGGUCUAUCUAGCUGAAGACAGCUGAAGACAAAAGCAGUGCCCCUCCCUUUGGCUGGAGCGGCCCCCUUCAGACUCCUCCUUCGGUCCUUCUGCCGCUCCACCCGCUCUUCCAUUCUCAACACAGCUCAUCUGUUAUUUUACACAUUCACACUCUUCCUGUACUUUGUGUAACUUUACCCGCCCGGAAGAGCAAAAAUCCUGCGAAUCCUGUUUUGCAGAUUACUGUGUUGACUGUAAUCGAAUUGGAAGCCUGAGACUGACAGGCGUCGCCAGCGAGGCAUCGUGCACAACAAGCACUUAGUGCAACGUUUCCCUGAAGAAACAUAGCAUUGUUCCACAGGGAGACACAGUCAGCAGACGGGAGAAUCCCGUCUCCUCACACGACUCAGGCUGAGUGUUUUACUGGAGACGCAACGCAGCUCAUGUGAAACACGAACAAGAUUUGUGCAAUGGUAGAAUCCCUGAUGGGUCCUGGUCUCACAUGCACUGGAGUGGAAAACCCUGAAACGUGGACCUUCCCUGACUAAUCUGGCCUGGCUCAUAUUCAAUCAAUCAAUCAAUCAAUGUUUACUUAUAUAGCCCUAAAUCACUAGUGUCUCAAAGGGCUGCACAAACCACUACGACAUCCUCGGUAGGCCCACAUAAGGGCAAGGAAAACUCACACCCAGUGGGACAUCGGUGACAAUAAUGACCCAGUGGGACGUCGGUGACAAUGAUGACUAUGAGAACCUUGAAGAGGAGGAAAGAAAUGGAUGUCGAGCGGGUCUAACAUGAUACUGUGAAAGUUCAAUCCAUAAUGGAUCCAACACAGUCGCGAGAGUCCAGUCCAAAGCGGAUCCAAAACAGCAGCGAGAGUCCCGUUCACAGCGGAGCCAGCAGGAAACCAUCCCAAGCGGAGGCGGAUCAGCAGCGCAGAGAUGUCCCCAGCCAAUACACAGAGCAAAUGGAAGCAAAGCAUGACAACUUGUCGUCACCUGGAAUGACCGACCAAGAGAAAGAAAUGGCUGCAUGUGCAUAUGAAUCGUUCUUGGCUGGUAAGUACAACGAGGCUCUACGACACCUUGAAGCCUUGCAUGACCUGAACAAAGAAGACUACAAGAUUGCCCUGAAUAAAGCUGUUGUAGAGUUUUAUAAAAGCGGUCAAACUACCACAGGAACUCUGAAGCAAAGCCUAAUGGCGAUGAGGAACCAGGUUCACACAGCAACAGAAGACAGUGAUGGGCUGGAUGAUGUGGAAAAUAGUUUUUUGUACUACAACCAAGCCAUUGUCCACUAUCAUAUGCGUCAAUACUCUGAAGCCAUUUCCAUCGGAGAGAAGCUGUAUCAGUUUCUGGAACCGUUUGAAGAGAAGUUUUCCCAAGCCGUGUAUUUUCUGCUGGUGGAUUUGUACCUGCUCACCUUCCAGCCAGAAAAGGCCCUGCACCUGUUGGCUGUGCUGGAUAAAUUGUCUGUACAAGGAAGCAACAAGAACGGCAAAGGAGAGAACAACAGAAACGGGGGCAACCAGAAGGCGGAGUUCUCAGCCAUGAUUGAGGCAGCUAAAUCGAAGAUGCACCAGUACAAAGUGAGGGCCUACAUCCAGAUGAAAUCCUCCAAGGCAUGUAAAAGGGAGAUCAAGUCCGUGAUGAACACGGCAGGAAAUUCUACGCCUUCACUAUUCCUCAAGAGUAACUUUGAAUAUCUGAGAGGAAACUACCGGAAAGCAGUAAAGCUGCUCAACAGCUCAAACAUAACAGAACACCCCGGACCCAUCAAGACAGGCGAAUGCAUGCGGUGUAUGUUCUGGAACAAUCUUGGCUGCAUCCACUUUGCAAUGGGGAAACAUAACCUCGGCAUUUUCUACUUCAAGAAGGCUUUACAAGAGAAUGACCACACGUGUGCACAGCUCGGAGACGGCGGUAAUGGGCAAGCCAAAAAAUUCACAGGUAUCCCCAUGUGUGCUCUCCUAGCCAACAAACGCUACGAGCUUCUCUACAACUGUGGCAUUCAGUUGCUGCACAUUGGCAGGCCUUUGGCCGCCUUCGAGUGUCUGAUUGAGGCCGUGCAGGUUUACCAUUCAAACCCACGGCUGUGGCUGCGACUUGCAGAGUGUUGCAUCUCUGCUAAUAAGGGGGGUUCUGAACAGGAAAACAAAGGUUUGCCAUGUAAAAAAGGUAUAGUUCAGUCAAUUGUCGGACAGGGUUACCAUCGCAAGAUUGUUUUGGCAUCCCAGUCCAUGCAGAACACUAUUUACAGUGAGGGCCAAUCAGCAGCCAUCCCGGUAGCCAGCAUGGAGUUUGCAGCCAUCUGCUUAAGGAAUGCUCUCUUGCUGUUGCCGGAACACCAACAGCCGGAUGCAAAGACAGAGAACAGCUCCAAGAGUUCCAGUCAGUCAGGAAGCACUGAGAGUGGCAGCGAAAACAGUGACGCCUGCAGUGGUAAAGGUCAGGAAGCAGACAAGUUACUCUCAGCAGUGCCAUCGUCUCCUCUCAGGAAACAGGAAGUAGAAAACCUCAGGUGCUCCAUCUUGGCAUGCAGUGCCUAUGUUGCAUUAGCACUGGGAGAUAACCUGAUGGCUUUAAACCAUGCUGAGAAACUGCUCCAUCAAACCAAGCUGUCAGGAUCCCUCAAGUUCCUCGGUCACCUCUAUGCUGCUGAGGCCCUCAUGUCACUGGACAGGAUCUCUGACGCUAUCGUUCACCUCAACCCAGAGAACGUCACUGAUGUGUCGAUGGGGACCAUGACCAGUGAGCAAGACCCAGCAGGAUCUGAUAAAGGAGAUGAACCUGUUGAAUCAUCUGGGAAGCAAACCCCCCUCUGUUAUCCCAGCAGUGUGACAUCAGCUCGGGCCAUGAUGCUCUUCAACCUGGGCAGUGCCUACUGCUUACGCAGCGAAUAUGACAAAGCUCGCAAGUGCCUUCAUCAGGCUGCAUCCAUGGUGAACACCAAGGAGAUCCCUCAUGAAGCCAUCCUGUUGGGAGUCUACUUGGAGUUGCAGAACGGCAACACCCAGCUGGCCUUGCAGAUCAUCAAACGGAACCAACUGUUGCCCACAGUGACCCAGAGGUUGUCCCCAGACUCUCGCAAGAAAGCUGUCCAGCUUCCAAUAUCCUUCCCACAAGUCCAGCGUAAAUGAACCUCCUUUGACCCCGCUGACACUCUGAGCAGCCUUGAUAUUUAUUAAGCUUCUUCCCUCGGCACCAGAGCUGGUUUCAAAAGCAAAACUAACCACUGGCUGUCUGCUGGGACACAUGGUCACAUGAUCAUAGACUGAGGCUUCUUCUGGCCAUCAUUAUUUUUUAAUUCAUCAGUCUGAAUAACAAAAUAAAUUUUUAUUUACUUUGA